AUGAAUAAUUGUGAUCGUUGUGAAAAACUGAUAGCUAAAAGAACACCUGGAUUAGAAUGCAGGAAAUGCGAAAAAAUUGUGCACGCGACCCAGGCCUGUACUAAUCUUUCGACUAAUCAGAUCGCAGCAUUACGCAACGCAGAUAGCCUGGAAUGGACAUGCAAGGAUUGUCAACGUUUCACACCGGUAAGAAAAUCGUAUAUUAUACCAAAAGAAGAAGAAAAAGUAGAACAAAAUGAACAAACUCAAGAUCAUUCGUAUUCUAAGCCAUCAAUAGACAUUAAAAAGUUGCUGAAGGAUAUUUCGAAGGAAGUUGGAGUCACUAUAAAGCGCGAAUUGGAGCCAAUCGAAUCUUCUAUAAGUUACUGUCACGACAAACUAGAUGAGGUGCUCGACAAUGUAAAACGUAGAAUUAUAGAACGAGAAACUAAAAAUAUAACAUUAAACAACAAAAAUAAUAAUUUUGAAAUAAGAAUAAGUGUUUUAGAACAAAAAAUAGGAGAAUUGGAACAAAAACAAUACAGUAACAAAAUUGAACUAACUGGUAUAUCGGGUAUAGAUAACAUUUAUCAUCAUCAAGUAACUAAAAUAUUAGCAUCCAAAUUAGAUAUGGAUGCAAAUUCAGUUAAAAGCAUAAAACAGACAGAAGAAAGAAAAGGAAAUAAUGGAUAUCUGCUACUAGAACUAAGUGAUGAAACAGGGAGUGAGAAAUAG